AUGGACAAGACACAGCAACCCAGCUCAUUCCAACAGCUGGAAAAGCUUGGUGAAGGCACAUAUGCCACCGUUUUCAAAGGAAGGAAUCGCCAAACAGGCGAGUUGGUCGCCCUGAAAGAGAUCCACCUUGAUUCGGAGGAAGGAACGCCGUCGACCGCCAUUCGAGAGAUCUCGUUGAUGAAAGAACUGAAACAUGAGAGUAUCGUCUCGCUUUACGAUGUCAUCCACACAGAGAACAAGCUCAUGCUUGUCUUUGAAUAUAUGGAUAAGGAUCUGAAGAAAUACAUGGACACACGGGGCGACAGGGGUCAACUGGACCAUGCGACGAUCAAAUCGUUCAUGCACCAGCUUCUCAAGGGUAUCGCUUUCUGCCAUGAGAACCGGGUCCUUCACCGAGACUUGAAGCCCCAGAACCUCCUGAUCAAUAAGAAGGGUCAGCUCAAGCUGGGUGAUUUUGGUCUUGCGCGUGCAUUCGGCAUCCCUGUCAACACCUUCUCUAACGAGGUGGUGACGCUGUGGUACCGUGCGCCAGACGUGCUAUUGGGUAGCAGAACAUAUAACACAAGCAUUGAUAUCUGGUCCGCCGGAUGUAUCAUGGCCGAACUGUAUACUGGCCGUCCUCUGUUUCCCGGAACGACCAAUGAGGACCAGUUGCAAAAGAUCUUCCGUUUGAUGGGCACACCUUCGGAGCGCUCUUGGCCGGGUAUCUCCCAGCUCCCAGAAUACAAGCCUAAUUUCCACGUAUACGCUACGCAGGAUUUGGGUCUGAUUCUGCCGCAGAUCGAUCCGCUAGGACUUGAUCUUCUGAACCGGAUGCUGCAACUGCGACCGGAAAUGCGCAUCAGUGCGGCAGACGCAUUGCAGCACCCUUGGUUUCAUGAUCUUCCUCAGUUACAAGCGCAGUUGCAGCAGCAACAUCAGCAGCAACAACAACAACAGCAACAGCAAAUGGCGGGAGGCUAUGGCGGAAUGGUUCCACCUCAGCAGGCAUACUAA